CAAAGAUGCUCAUGUGGGAUUCCCAUCUUGAAACCCUCCAGCUGUUGCUGAACUACAACUUCCACGCUCCCCCCCUAAAACACCCCCACAGCUUUCGGCUGCUGUGGAGUGUUGAGACUUAUAGAUAAAGAACAGCUGGAGGUCUGCCGGUUGGGCUAAUAGAGAUAGCGAUGUGUUAAAUAAGUGUAAAAGCCAAGGUCAAGGGAGCUGGGGCUUGGUAUAAAAGGAAUGAUCACAGAGCGUUUCUUUAUAUGAAGGGUUCGGCUUGUGGCUCAUCAAAGCUAAAUGCCGCAAGAGCUAUCUAGUUGCUGUGAAUUAUGCCAAGACGACAAUGGAGAGGCUUUUUUUUUUUUUUUUUAAUGGUACAAUGCAUUUCACCUACCAGAUAGGGGGAGUCCGAGCUGAGGGAUGGGAAUGUCUUAUGAUCUCUAUCAAUGAAGCGGGCUCAUUGUGCCGGCAAGGACGCACUUUAAGUCAGUAGCCCGCGCCCGGGAGGUGCUCCAGACACUUGGGACAAGUGGGACCCCCCGCCUGCACUUUUCCCCUCUUCUCAACCCCCCUCCUCCUCCUUUUCUCCUCCUACCCAAAAGCGAAACAGAACAUGAUCAAGUCAAUCAUAUGGACAUGCCUCAUUAUUCAUUGAACACAAUCUUUUUCCAAGGCUCCUUCACAUGCAGCGGGGAUCUGAGCUAGAAGCCUGCGAGAUUAUUUCAAGUGACUGUAUACAUUCCAUUCCAUGCCUAGUUUCUUGCAACUGAACUUGAUAUUGUAGAAUAUCCAGAAUGAAUUUCCCAGGUUUUUGCACUCCAUGUGGCACCAGUGAAGGGGAUCUGAAAAUUUAGCACUGGAGAUUACACUUUAUUACUUUGGGGCAGAGGGACGUCCUGCUAACAAGUCUGUCUGUGCCAAACAAACUGACUAGAUUGUCCUUUAACCAAGUAUGCAGUUACGCUGUUAAGGCCUUGUCCUCUUUCUCUUCGGUCUGUUAUUUAAAGUCCUGCCUGGUUGAGCGAUGCGGGACCAAAAAGUUAAAGGGAUGGAGGAAGCUAGUUUGUGCCUUGGAGUUUCAUCAGCUGUGCCUGAAGUUGACACACAUCUUAACAGCACCUUGAUAAAUGGCCAGUAUUCAAUGAGUCAGAAGUUGCAUCAGAUAACUUCCCAGCUCAGUCAUGCCUUCCCAGAGCUUCAGAAUCACCAGAAAACAGAAGAAAAUUCAACUGCAAUAGAAGAAAAAAGCCAUGUGUCAAUGGCAAAUCAACCAAUCAGCAGUCAAAUGGCUAUGUUGGCCAAUCAGCUGAAUCGAGAUGUUGACAGUGGUCUUAAUGGAAGAGUUGAUCUUCAACAGUUUUUAAAUGGACAAAACCUUGGCAUUAUGUCCCAGAUGAACGACAUAGAGGAUGAUGCAAGGAAAAAUAGAAAAUAUCCAUGCCCAUUAUGUGGUAAACGUUUCCGUUUCAAUAGUAUUUUAUCUCUUCACAUGCGUACUCAUACUGGGGAGAAACCAUUUAAAUGUCCAUAUUGUGAUCACCGAGCUGCUCAAAAAGGUAAUCUUAAAAUUCACCUACGCACCCACAAACUUGGAAAUCUUGGUAAAGGUCGUGGAAGAGUCAGAGAGGAAAACAGACUUUUGCAUGAGCUAGAAGAAAGAGCAAUUUUAAGAGACAAACAGAUGAAAAACAGCCUACUUCAGCCUAGACUUGACGUUAAGCCACAACAGCACUUACAGCAAUCUUCUCUAUCUAACUGUCAUAUAUCUGUACCAGCUAAUAAUAAUACUUCUGAUCUUUCCAGCAAAGCACCUUCUCCAAAGCCGACACUUGUCCAGGAGGAAGCAGCCACUCCAACAACUGGAUUCAGGUGCACAUUUUGCAAAGGAAAAUUUAAGAAACGUGAGGAACUAGAUCGGCAUAUACGAAUAUUGCACAAGCCUUACAAGUGCACACUUUGUGAUUUUGCUGCCUCUCAAGAGGAAGAGUUGAUUAGCCAUGUUGAAAAGGCUCAUAUAACAGCAGAAUCGGUGCAAGGCCAAGGGUCAAGUGGAAAUGGAGAACAGUCAAACAAUGAGUUUCGGUGUGAGGUUUGUGGGCAAGUGUUCAGUCAGGCAUGGUUUCUGAAGGGUCAUAUGAGGAAGCACAAAGAUUCCUUUGAACACUGUUGUCAGAUCUGUGGUAGACGAUUCAAGGAGCCUUGGUUUCUGAAAAACCACAUGAAAGUUCACCUAAACAAGUUAUCUGUAAAGAACAAAUCUCCAAAUGAAGCAGAGGUUCCUGUGUCUAUGAGCAGCGUGUCACAAGAGGCACAUGCAAAUUUGUAUUCCAGAUACAUAUCUUGCUUACAGAGUGGUUUCAUGUCUUCAGAUAAAGCAAGCUUAAGUGAACGUAGUCACAUUUAUAACAAAGGUGACCUGCCUCUAAAAGAAAAAGAAGUUCUUGGAAAAUUGCUUUCACCAAUAUCUGGCAUUGGCCAUAACAUGACAGAAAGUGAGAAACAUUCCUUAAUUGGCUCACUCAACCUGGUGCCACCUCUAAAGUCUAGCUGUAUUGAAAGAUUACAGGCAGCAGCUAAGGCUGCAGAGAUGGAUCCAGUCAACAGCUAUCAAGCUUGGCAGCUAAUGGCAAGAGGAAUGGCUAUGGAGCAUGGAUUUCUCUCUAAAGAGCAGCAGAUGCAACGCAACCAUGAAGAUACUUUAGCUAAUGCUAGUUUUCUCUUUGAUAAAGACAAGAGAGAAUAUGUCAUAGUAGGAGCUGAUGGUUCCAAACAAAAAAUGCAAAAUCAUUUACUUCACAGUUCUAAAAUUUGCAGUCAUAGAGAUAUGCCAUCCAAAUUAGACCUAUUAGAAAGUACCAGAGAUUAUCUGUCACAUAAUAUGAGUCAGCUAGACUAUAAUAUGCAUAGAGGUACAAAAGAUAAACCAACCGAGUGCCCUGACUGUGGGAGGGUUUUCCGAACAUAUCACCAGGUUGUUGUCCACUCACGAGUACACAAAAGAGAGAGAAAAGAAGAUGAAGAGGCUAUUCAGAUGAGCCUUGAGGAAAGACGGGGAUCAGGGAGUGACCAAGAAUCUCAGUCCAUCAGCAGAUCUACAACCCCAGGGUCAUCCAACAUUACUGAAGAGAGUGGGACCGGUGGAGCACUAUCACAGACAGGAAGUGCACAGGAAGACAGUCCUCAUCCUUCAUCACCAUCUUCAUCAGAUAUGGGGGACGAAGCUGGAAGAUGUGUAGGAGCACAGCAACAAGCUAUGAUGAGAGAUAGAAACCUUGGCUCUGCCAUGAAGGACUGUCCUUACUGUGGAAAAACUUUUAGGACGUCACAUCACUUAAAGGUGCAUUUGAGGAUACAUACAGGUGAAAAGCCAUAUAAGUGUCCUCACUGUGACUAUGCAGGCACUCAAUCUGCUUCCCUGAAAUACCACCUAGAGCGCCACCACAGAGAGAAGCAAAAUGGGUCUGGUCCUAUUCCUGGACACCCUCAAAAUCAGGAGCAUAAGGAUGAAACUUCAAGCAAAAAUUCUCUUUUUAUGAGACCUGAUAUACUGAGAGGAGCAUUUAAAAGCAUCCCUGGAAUAGAUUUUCGAAGUGGUGCCUCUCAGCAGUGGCCAUCUGGAAUGCUGCCUUCUGGGGAUUGUCAAGGCCAAUCAAGUGCUAUCAGCUCUGAUCCUUCUUCAGAAAUUCUGAAGAAGUCUGAGAUAUCUUCCAAGGGUUCUCACCUUUCUGAAUUAGGAAGGGCAUAUCAAAACAUUGUUGGAAAUGGUGUAAACUUCCAGGGCUCUUUGCAAGCUUUUAUGGACAGUUUUGUGUUAAGUUCUUUAAAGAAAGAAAAAGAUCUUAAAGAGAGGGCCCUUUUGCAUUCAACCCCUGUAAAAACACAGAGGUCAGAGAAUUGUGAAGGCAAGCUAGAAAAUAAAACCCCUCAGAGGAAGAUGGAAAAAUCUCAGUAUGAGCCUCUCGACCUGUCUGUGAGACCAGAUGCACCAUCUCUUCCAGGCUCUUCUAUAACAGUUCAAGAUAAUGUUGCCUGGCAUGGGUGCUUAUUUUGCUCUUUCACCACUUCCUCCAUGGAACUAAUGGCGCUUCAUCUCCAAGCAAACCAUUUGGGAAAAGCAAAGCACAAGGAUAAUAUGAUCGGAGCAUCAGAGCAAAUGAAAGAUCAUAUAAGGGAAUCUUUGGCUGCAGUAAGCAAAGCAGUAGCAUCCUCUUCCGCUAUACAGUGUGGAAAAGAACUCAUGACAUCCAAAAUAAGUGCACUGCAUUCAUCUGACAGAAUCCUACAACAGGGAAAUAAAGACGCUUUGGCAAAGCAAGAAAGGGCCACUUGGUCUAGUCACAUGGACUCUAACUUCAAUAACUUUUCAGCUGAAUUCUAUAAACAGUUUGGUGUUUAUGCUGGUAUGGUUGGGGCCAAUACACAAGAUUCUUGUUCAAACAUGGACAUUGACACAAAGUCUCAACCUGAAGAUGAUUCCAAUAUCAUUCAGUGUGACACAGCUGCUACUGAUGAUCUGUCUGACGAAUCGUCAUCUGAAGAUAUGGAAACUUGUAAAGAGGAUGAAAAUGAUGAUGAAGAAUUAGAGACAGAACACGAAAUUAUGAACAUAACCGAUGACCUGAACAAAGAAAGUAAUGAAGAGGAGAGCAUGCCUAAUUCAGCUACUGCAAUAACAGCAGAAGAACUUGUGUCUCCAACCCCACAAGUCAUCGAUAAGCAGUGGCAUUCAACACUUUCCUUAUCCCAUGAAACAUCACAAGAUUCUAUUAAACCUGAUGAAGAGGUUUUAGAGAAGCAAGUCAACAUGCUUUCUGUCUUGCGAGCCUAUAGUUCUGAUGGCAUGGCAGCUUUCAAUGGACUUGGAGGCAACUCAGCAAAUAGUGGAUGCAUCAAAAGACCAGAUAUAUGUGGUCAAAGACCUUUUCAAUGCAGAUAUUGCCCAUACAGUGCCUCUCAGAAGGGAAAUCUGAAGACCCACGUGCUUUGCGUUCAUCGCAUGCCUUUCGACAACAGCCAGUAUCCCGAUCGUAGGUUCAAGCGCUCACGAAUUGAUUCAGAGACUACUGGGAAUUCAGAAGAACUUCCAACGGUCAAACCUGGAUGUUCAACACAGCUGACAGCGGGGAGCAUCCAGCCCCAGAAAUAACACAAUAAAUGAAAUGCGAGCUGUAUAUUGCAAUAUUAUUUUACACAGUCUGUAAAUACUCUUUUUGCAGAAGCAGGAAUUGCUAAGUGCAUGAGAGGAUUAUGUGCAAAUUCUGAAACGUGUACAAAUGAUUCUGAAUGUCAAGCCCCCAACCCUUAAAAUGGCUGCUAAACUGUUACCUGUCGAUGAGUACUUCCAAAUACUUGAGAAAAUCGGGCUAAUAAAGAGUAGUGCGUAGGUCAGUCCUUUGAAACGUUGAAGUGGUCUUUUGUCCAAUGCGAAUGCUUUUAUGUGAAAAAUGAUACUAUCUCCAUGAUUAAAUGCUGCCUUGAAGAUUGAGGGGCUGUGUUUUCAUUGUUGAAAACACCUUUAUAAUAUGACACCAGCUGCUGUCAUUAUCUGAGCAUAGUAAUGAGAUGAGUUGGUAGCCUGCCAUGGUGCCAGUCUGACUGGAGCUGUCAUUGCAGAGAAAAUCAAUUGAAGUGGUGUUGCAACAGCACUAUAGGAGAAAUCUUAGACGGCCUACAAGCUGGGGUCAGUACUGACCUACAGCAUAUUGAAAUUGCAUUUUCAGUGUCUUUUCUUCAUAUGCAGCCAAAUGAAUCACUUGAUGAAGGAACCCACAAAAAAAAACAUACAAGUGUGAACCACUGAACCAUCUUUAUUUGUUCCCUAAAAUCAAUGUCUGAUAUUGAGGGAAAUGCAUUUAUCAUUCGUGGUAUUUAGUAUUUAGACACAGCUGGGGAUGCUGAAAGACCAGUUACAGUCUAGAAUUUUUUUUCCCAGCCUAGUGUGCAAAAGGCACUAUGAAGAAUACAUCUUGUUCGCACAAAAGGGAAUUCUUCCCAUUACUUGAAUGAAGCAUUCCCUGCAGAAAAACCAGGCUGGCUUUCUCAGUUAAUAUCUAUACGUGUUACAGACAUAGUGCAGGAAAUUCUUAAGGACGCAGCUCUUUAAAAGUAGCUGGAAUGAAUAUGUAAAUAUGAAUGCUCUCUGCUCUCUAUUACUAGAUUUUUUUUCUUGUGUUUGUAAUAUACAUUUUUACAGACUGGAUCCCUCAAGUCAUUCAAUUCUGGACUGCAUAUGAAGUAUUCAUGAUAGCCUAUAAAAGCCUAAACUGGAAGUAUUCACAAUAGCCUAUUAAAGCCUAAACUAGAUUCCUAUAACAGUCCCUCACUACACUUAACAGCCUAAAUGUUUUCUGCUCUGGAGGGCUUUGGGAGCUGUAGCCCUGUGCGGCUGUAGGGGCUCAAAUUUUUCACCCCUGUAUGUUAAAUCUAAUUUGGGGUUUGGAAGUAUAUUCUUCCUGUCCUUACGGGCUGUGGCCUGGGUGGCAUUUUAAUCAACGUAGUCACAACAAAGGGAAAUUGUCAUAGUAGUCUAUAGCAGCCAAUCACCUACACACACUUUAGGGUAACAAUUGGCUGCCACAGGCUAAGUAUAGCAUUUCCCACGGCUGGCAAUGGUUAAAGAUCAGUGGUGAUCUGUUUUGUUUUGACCGUCACCGCAGAGUAUCACCGAUCAAAAAGCUGCACGUGCAGAUAGCACUUACAUUUUUAAAUUGUAUAUUCUGAUAUAUGUUCUGAUUUAGUCAUUUAAUGCACUUCUUCUGAAAUAAGUGGUGCUCUAGAAUUUCCUAGAUUUUAGCACAAAUUUUGGUUUUUGAAGUAACCCUUAGCAAUCAAACAUUUACUUUAACUGUCAGACUUGCAGUGUGUUAAUCAAAGCUAAAUGCUUUCUGGAUGCUAGGGGUUACUGCGCUGGAGCAAAUAUGGAUGUAUCUUUGCAAAGGAUGCCUGGUAAAUCAGUAUUUCUUGAGUAGGCUGGGAGCUCAGUAUAAACCCCAACAGCCUUAAGAUGUCUACUCGGCCUAAAGCAGUUUACAAAAUGACAAAACUGUAAUAAGUGUAACUAUAAUUGAGAUGUUCUGUUCUGAGACCAGAAACAAAUAUCAUCUGAAGGAGUGCUAUGUGCAAAUGCUGCCUGAAAUAAAUGGACAUCAGAGCAAAUGUUCCAAGAGGUCACAAUGUAAUAGACCUGCUUGGUGUAGAGCAAAGCUGCUUACUGGUUUAUCCUCAUUUCUUUUCUUUUUCUUUUUUCUAGUAUAGUUCUCACUGCCUUACUUAAAUGGAAUCAACAAACUAAAUGCAACUCUUUCUAUGAUCCUAAAAAAAAAAAAGAAAAAAAAAAAAGAUUGAAAUGUUAUUAAGAAACUCUCUGAUUGUAGUAAGCUUUAGGAUUUUAACUGCACUACUGUGUUUGGUGACUGUCAGUCGCUUGCUUUGUGUGUUUGCACCACCUUCAAUAUCUUAGCAAAAAAAAAAAAAAAAAAGAACAUUCCAUUUCUUGCACUUUUGAUGUGUUUCAGUAUUCUUUUGUGUCCUCGGAGCAUUUUCCGAUACGACAGGCAAUAAUUCUGUUUGUGACACUGGAGACACCCCCUGUUACUUGUGACGUGUGUGUGCGUGUGUUGAUCACAAUUGGUCUGGUGCUACUGUCCCUACUCCCCCUCCCCAACAUAGACCUCUUUUCCAGAACAUUUGUAAGUUGUAAUAAAAACAAGUGACAGCGGCAGUGAUGCAUUGUCAGUUCCUGAAAAACACCAUGCUUCUCAUAUCUAAACAUGUCAAGUUUUUUCUCUGUAACUUCUGUAGUCUGUGAUAUUGGUCAUAAUACUGUCUACAUUCCUACACAAAGUGGAAAAAAAAAAUCUGUUUUGGAGAAAACCUGAGAUCAAUAGAGUAGAGGAUUUUGUUGCUAUGCUUGUAACAAGUAGAGAACUUUGUAUUUAAAUUUUGUUCAUGAUCAUUAUUUAUUAUCCAAACACAUCCGUUUACAGAACUUUAUUCUGGUAUAGAUGUAUUAGAAGCUGUUUUUUUUUCCCCAGCAAUGGCUGUUUUAUUUUCUGCUGUUAGAAUAAAUUGUCUUUGAAGCAGUACAGUUUUAUCCAGUGUUUUACGCAAUAAAACCUCUACCUCUGAAAAGUUUCCUACUUCCUGAGAAUUAUUAGGAGAACCCUUAUUUUUUUGCAGUACAAAUUUAAUGUAAGUAAAUUCACACUUGUAAGGUGGUCACUGUAAUGUAAUAAAAAAAAUGUAAUAUCCAAGUCACGCUACGCAACCUACAUAUACUGUUAAUAUAUCUAUCCGUACAUAUAGAUAGGCAUUUUAUUGUGCUUA